AUAUCUCUGGCGAUAAUGCCCGCUGGCUCGCCCACUAGCCGCUCACCUCCUGCUGUGCGGGCUGGUUCCUUACAGGCCAUGGACCGGGGGUUGGGAACCCCUGCCAUAGAGUACUGUUGAAUAGAAACUUUAGCUCAUCCGGCGUGGGGGUGGGGGGGGGGGUAGCUCAUGCCUGUAACCCCACCACUUUGGGAAGCCAAGGCAGGCAGAUUGCUUGAGCCUAGGAACUUAAGACCAGCCUGGGUAACAUAGCAAAACCCCGCCUCUACAAAAAAUCCAAAUAUUAGUCGGGCGUGGUGGUGCAUGUUUGUAGUCCCAGCUACUUGGAAGGCUGAGAUGAGAGGAUCGCCUGAGCCCAGAGAGGUCGAGGCCACAGUGAGCUGUGAUUUUACCAGCCUAGGUGUCAGAGUGAGACCCCGUCUCCGAAAAAAAAAAAAAAAAAAGGGGAAUUGCAAUGGAGUUUAAUACACAUACAGCCGGCUAAAUGAAAGAGAGGAGUUUUAUUUUUAUUCAAUUCUGCCUCCCUAAAAAAUGGGAGGCUAGGUUUUGUUUUUUUUUUUUUUUUUUGAGACGGAGUCUCGCUGUCGCCCAUGCUGGAGUACGGUGGCGCAAUCUCGGCUCACUGCAACCUCCGCCUCCCGGGUUCAAGCGAUUCUCCUGCCUCAGCCUCCUGAGAAGCUGGGAUGACAGGCAUGCGCCACCCUGCCCAGCUAAUUUUUGUAUUUUUAGUAGAGACGGGGUUUUAUCAUAUUGGUCAGGCUAGUCUCAAACUCCUGACCUCAUGAUCCGCCCGCCUCGGCCUCCCAGCCUCCCAAAGUGCUGGGAUUACAGGCGUGAGCGGCGGCACCCUGUCGAGGCUAGGGUUUUAAAGAUAAUUUGGUGAGCAGGAGGCUGGAAAAUGGGGAAUGCUGAUUGGUCGCGAAAAGGAUAUCAUAGGGAGUCUCAGCUGUCUUCUUGCACUGAGUCAGUUCUUGGCUAGGGGCCACUGGAGCAGGUUUCUUCCUGAAGGACUUGUGAAAAGUCACUUCCUCUAUCCAGGAGAAAAAUGGAAAGACCAGAACAUCGAAGAUCAGUACAAAAAUCCCAGGAAUAAUCUAAGAAGUCUUCUGGGGGAGAGAGUUGAUGAAAAUACAGAAGAAAAUCGUUGUGGAGAAACUUCUAGCCAGAUUCCAGAUGACACACUGAAUAAAAAAACUUCUCCUGGAGUAAAAUCAUGUGAAAGCAGUGUGUGUGGAGAAGUCUUCAUGGGUCAUUCUUCCCUUAAUAGGCACAUUAGAGCUGACACUGCACACAAGCCAUCUGAGUAUCAGGAAUAUGCACAGGAGCCAUAUAAGUGUCAACAACAUAAGAAAGCCUUCAGAUGUCACCCCUCCUUUCAAAUGCAAGAAAAGGCUCAUACUGGAGAAAAACUCUAUGAUUGUAAAGAAUGUGGAAAAACUUUCAUAUCCCAUUCAAGCAUUCAAAGACACAUGAUAAUGCACAAUGGAGAUGGACCUUAUAAAUGUAAGUUUUGUGGGAAAGCCUGCCCUUGUCUCAGCAUAUAUCUUAUACAUGAACGAGUUCACACUGGAGAGAAACCAUAUGAAUGUAAACAAUGUGGUAAAGCCUUUAGUUAUUCAACUUCCCUUCAAAUACAUGAAAGAACUCACACUGGAGAGAAGCCUUAUGAAUGUAAGGAAUGUGGGAAAGCAUUCGGUAGUCCCAAUUCCUUUUAUGAACAUAGAAGAACUCACACUGGAGAGAAGCCAUAUGAAUGCAAACAAUGUGGAAAAGCCUUCAGAUGGUUCCAUUCCUUUCAAAUACAUGAAAGAACUCACAGUGAGGAGAAGCCUUAUGAAUGUACCAAAUGUGGGAAGGCAUUCAAGUGUCUCAGUUAUCUUUGUAGACAUGAAGUGACCCACUCUGGGAAAAAGCCCUAUGAAUGUAAACAAUGUAGGAAAGCAUUAUCUUAUCUUAACUUUCAAAGACACAUGAAAAUGCACACUAGAAUGAGACCUUAUAAAUGUAAGACAUGUGGAAAAGCCUUUGAUUCUCCCAGUUCGUUUCGAAGACAUGAAAGAACUCACACUGGAGAGAAACCUUAUGAAUGCAAGCACUGUGGUAAAGCCUUCAAUCGUUCCAGUUCCUUUCACUAUCAUGAAAGGACUCACACUGGAGAGAAACCCUAUGAAUGUAAGCAGUGUGGUAAAGCCUUCAUUUCUUCCACUUCCUUUCGAUAUCAUGAAAGGACUCACACUGGAGAGAAACCCUAUGAGUGUAAGCAAUGUGGGAAAGCCUUCAGAUCUGCCUCACACCUUCAAAUGCAUGGAAGGACUCACACUCAAGAGAAACCCUAUGAAUGUAAGCAGUGUGGUAAAGCCUUCAUUUUUUCCACUUCCUUUCGAUAUCAUGAAAGGACUCACACUGGAGAGAAACCCUAUAAGUGUAAGCAAUGUGGGAAAGCCUUCAGAUCUGCCUCACACCUUCAAAUGCAUGAAAGGACUCACACUGGAAAGCAACCGUAUGAAUCUAAACAAUGUGAAAAAACCUUUGGAUCUGUCAGAAACCUUCAAAGUCAUGAAAAGACACACACUGGAGAGAAACCCUAUAAGGAAUGUGGAAAAGCAUUCAACAAUUUCUCUUCCUUUCAAAUACAUGCAACGAUGCACAGAGGACAGAAUGCCUAUGAAUGUAAAGAGUGUGACAAAGCAUUCACAUCUGCCAAGAUCCUUCAAGUACAUGCAAGAACACACACUGGAGAGAAACCCUGUGAAUGUAAGGAAUGCGGAAAAGCAUUCAAUUAUUUUUCUUCUUUGCAUAUACACAAAAGGAUGCACACUGGAGAGAAACCAUAUGAAUGUAAGGAUUGUGGGAAAGCAUUCAGUUUGCCUGGUUCCUUUCGUAGACAUAAAAGGGCUCACACUGGAGUGAAACCGCAUGAAUGCAAGGAAUGUGGCAAAGCCUUCACUUCUUCUGGUUCCUUUCAGUGUCAUAAAAGGAUUCACACUGGAGAGAAACCCUAUGAGUGUAAGCAGUGUGGUAAAGCCUUCAUUUCUUCCACUGCCAUUCGUAGACAUGAAAGGACUCACACUGGAGAGAAACCCUAUGAGUGUAAGCAAUGUGGAAAAGCCUUUAUUUCUUUCAGUUCCAUUCAGUACCAUGAAAGGACUCACACUGGAGAGAAGCAGUAUGAGUGUAAGCAAUGUGGUAAAGCCUUCAUGUCUUCUACUGCAUUUCAGUAUCAUGAAAAGACCCACACUGGAGAGAAACCCUAUGAAUGUAAGCAGUGUGGGAAAGCCUUCAUUUCUUCCAGUAGCCUUCGAUAUCAUGAAAGGACUCACACUGGAGAGAAACCCUACGAAUGUAAGCAGUGUGGUAAAGCCUUCAGAUCUGCCACUCAACUUCAGAUGCAUAGAAAGAUUCACACUGGCGAGAAACCCUAUGAAUGUAAGCAAUGCGGGAAAGCCUACAGAUCUGUCUCACAACUUCGGGUGCAUGAAAGGACUCACACUGUAGAGCAACCCUAUGAAUAUAAGCAAUGUGGGAAAGCCUUCAGAUCUGCCAAGAACCUUCAAAUACAGACAACAAAUGUAAACAAUUAAAUGUUUAUAGCAACUGCA